GGAAACCGGUCUCAUUUAGCACGGCGGCAGCUCCGUAGUCUACUCUUUUUUUUUUUUUAACUUCACCUGGUCAGCCAUCUACGCAGAGUAGCGAUCAUGUCUAAGGGACCCGCUGUUGGCAUUGAUCUUGGCACCACCUACUCCUGCGUGGGUGUUUUCCAACAUGGAAAAGUGGAAAUAAUUGCAAAUGAUCAGGGCAACCGGACCACCCCAAGCUAUGUUGCCUUUACGGACACGGAACGAUUGAUUGGCGAUGCAGCAAAGAACCAAGUUGCUAUGAAUCCCACAAACACGGUUUUUGAUGCCAAACGUCUGAUUGGACGAAGAUUUGAUGAUGCAGUUGUCCAGUCUGAUAUGAAACAUUGGCCCUUCAUGGUGGUGAAUGAUGCAGGCAGGCCCAAGGUCCAAGUAGAAUAUAAGGGAGAAACAAAAAGCUUUUAUCCAGAAGAGGUCUCCUCUAUGGUUCUGACAAAGAUGAAGGAAAUUGCAGAAGCCUAUCUUGGGAAGACUGUCACCAAUGCUGUUGUCACUGUACCAGCUUAUUUUAAUGACUCUCAGCGCCAGGCUACCAAAGAUGCAGGGACCAUUGCUGGCCUCAAUGUACUUCGAAUCAUCAAUGAGCCAACUGCUGCUGCAAUUGCCUAUGGCUUGGACAAAAAGGUUGGUGCUGAGAGAAAUGUGCUGAUCUUUGACUUGGGAGGUGGCACGUUUGAUGUGUCAAUCCUCACUAUUGAAGAUGGCAUCUUUGAGGUAAAAUCGACAGCUGGAGACACUCACUUGGGUGGAGAAGAUUUUGACAACCGAAUGGUCAAUCAUUUUAUUGCUGAGUUCAAGCGCAAGCACAAGAAAGACAUCAGUGAGAAUAAGAGAGCUGUCCGUCGCCUACGCACUGCUUGUGAACGUGCAAAGCGCACUCUCUCUUCCAGCACCCAGGCCAGUAUUGAAAUUGAUUCUCUAUAUGAAGGCAUCGACUUCUAUACCUCUAUCACCCGUGCCAGAUUUGAAGAAUUGAAUGCUGACUUGUUCCGAGGCACCCUGGACCCUGUGGAGAAAGCCCUUAGAGAUGCCAAGCUUGACAAGUCACAGAUCCAUGACAUUGUCCUGGUGGGUGGUUCUACCCGUAUUCCUAAGAUUCAGAAGGUUUAUGAAGGUGAACGUGCAAUGACCAAGGAUAACAACCUACUUGGGAAAUUUGAGCUCACUGGCAUACCUCCUGCACCACGUGGUGUUCCUCAGAUUGAAGUCACUUUUGAUAUUGAUGCCAAUGGCAUUCUCAAUGUAUCUGCUGUGGAUAAGAGUACUGGAAAAGAAAACAAGAUUACCAUCACCAAUGAUAAGGGUCGUCUGAGUAAAGAAGAUAUUGAACGGAUGGUCCAGGAAGCCGAAAAGUACAAAGCUGAAGAUGAGAAGCAGCGGGAUAAGGUGUCCUCUAAGAAUUCACUUGAAUCUUAUGCAUUUAACAUGAAAGCAACUGUUGAGGAUGAAAAGCUGCAAGGGAAGAUCAAUGAUGAAGACAAACAGAAGAUUCUUGACAAGUGUAAUGAAAUUAUCAACUGGCUUGAUAAGAAUCAGACUGCAGAGAAAGAGGAAUUUGAACAUCAGCAGAAAGAGCUGGAGAAAGUCUGCAACCCCAUCAUCACCAAGCUGUACCAGAGUGCUGGAGGCAUGCCUGGAGGGAUGCCGGGAGGCUUCCCUGGUGGUGGAGCUCCUCCAUCUGGUGGUGCUUCAUCUGGACCCACCAUUGAAGAGGUUGAUUAACCAAGUAAUGCGAAUAGAAACUGCAUUGUUCCACAUUUAAAGAUCCAAGGACCUAAAUUUGUAGCACAUUGACCCAGCAGUAAGGAGUUAAAGCUGCUAUACUAAAUUUCUGGGCAUUCUCAGUACUUGAACAAUACAGUAUGCAUAGGGAAAGACAUCAAGUCAACAUUGCACUUUAUUAGUACUGUUAUUGUAAGUGGAAAAUGCAAUGCCUUGAAAAUAAAGCUGUAUUUAAAUUGG